UCUCCUUCCCCCUCCAUGGAUCCUGCAGAUCUGGACGCCUUAGAUAUCCGCACCAAAGUGCAGCUGUAUGGAGUACUCUGGAAGAGACCGUUCGGGAGACCGUCAGCCAAAUGGUCCAGGAGAUUCUUUAUCAUCAAGGAAAGUUUUCUGCUUUACUAUGCUGAAAAUGAAAAGAAGAACUUUGAAAAUAAUCGGUACUUCAAUAUCCAUCCAAAGGGUGUCAUACCUCUUGGUGGCUGCAUCGUAGAAGCCAAAGAAGAACCCAGCAUGCCUUAUGCAAUGAAAAUCUCCCAUGAGGACUUCCAUGGCAACAUUGUGCUAGCAGCAGAAUCAGAAUAUGAGCAAGCCCGGUGGUUGGAGAUGCUUCAGGAGUCUGGAAAAGUGACCUGGAGAAAUGCUCAGCUGGGUGAAGCCAUGAUUGAGAGCCUUGAAGCUCAGGGACUCCAACUGGCCAAAGAGAAACAGGAGUAUUUAGAUAAAUUGAUGGAAGAGACAGAGGAGCUAUGCCUACAGAGGGAGCAGAGAGAGGCUCUGGAGCAUCUCAACCGAGUAUUGGAGGCAGAAAAGCAGCAGUUUGAAGAGGUAGUACAAGACCUUCGAGUGGAACAGGAGCAGAUUAAACGAGAGCUGGAAAUGACUGCCCAGUCCCUCAAAGGGGUAGAAGAAGAAAAGAAAGGACUACGAAGUCUGACAGAAACAUUACAGAAGACAUUGGAAGAACUCUCCCUAGAAAAACAGAGCAUGCUGGAGAGGCUGGAAGAAGAUGGAAGUCACUUGCAGGCCCAGAACAGUCCUUCGGAACAACCUAGUGCUGCUGGGGACCUGCAGAGCAGUCUUCACCAGAUCGAGGAGAAAAUGCACGAGCUGCUCAAGGAGAAACUCCUAGCAGAGAAAAGAAUGAAGGAGAAUGAGGAACGCUCCCGAGCUCUGGAAGAAGAGAGGGAGUUCUAUUCCUCCCAGUCACAGGCCUUACAGAAUUCCCUAUCUGAGCUGACAGCCGAGAAGCAGAAGACUGAGAGAGACCUCAAGGCAGAAGUGAAGGUGCGCAUGGAUCUGGAGAGACGCUUGCAGGAGGCUGAAGAGGCCCUGCAGAGCCUUGAACAAGGCUUGAACUGCAAGCAUCGCAACAAAGAGAAGGAGGAAAAAAUGAAAGCAGAUGUCAGCAAUCUGAAAAAAUUCUUUGAAGAAUGUAUCCGGAAUGCUGAAUUAGAAGCCAAGAUGCCAGUAAUUAUGAAAAAUGCUGUGUACCUUCACAAGGCUGCCACUCGCAGGAUAAAAAGCUGUCGAUUUCAUCGUAGGAGAUACAGCAAUUCGUGGAAUAAUUGUAGUGCGGCAAUCACAGUCAUUCAUGUACUCAGAAGCAGAAAACAUAGAGGAGCUGAAGCAAGCUGCCAAGAGGCUAACCCAGGACCAUCACUUCCGGGAAACGAUCUAUCAAAUCAUGGUGUCACAUCAGGAUUCCUCCUCAGACAACAAAAAGUGAAUUUUUGCCCACCCUAUUGUCAGGGAAGUUCUAGACUCAGCUUGUCAUUUCACCCAGCAAAAGCCAAAUUGAUUUGUCUAGAGGCAGAAGUAAGAUAGCAGUGGCAAUUUCAAGAGGUAGUGAAUGGAACACUUUUCACUGUAGAGCAGUGUGGUUGGAACAUUAUUCUUAAUCAGAGGUUUCCGUAUAGCUUGCUGUAAUUGUUUGGCUGCCCAUUCCUGUCAUAUUAACUCACUCCAUUUUUCUCUCAAUGUUAUCAAGAUCCAUGGUUUAGAAAAUGUCCAGCCAGUCUUUUCAUACCAGGGAGAAAUACAUAUACAAAAUAGGUACAUUAAGUGAUAAGCCCAAGGAGUAAAUCAUCUUUAAAGGGAAAGAUACUACAACUUGCUUUUUUUAUAUUUCUGAUUGGAGGCUAAUGAAGGCUAAAAUUCUCUUUGCUUUAUCUGCAGACAGUUCUCCAAAUACUCAGAUAGCCAAUUACUGGACAGUGUUCUGUAUUCACUCUAGUUUGGUGGCAAAAGACAUCAUGCUUCUAAUAUCUUAUGUUAUGCUCCCCAUUUCUCUGUGUUGAAGGAAGUUUCUAGGGCAGCCAACUUGUCUGAAGAGAAUUAAUGACCUAACUGUCCCUUUAUGGUAUCUAUUGGCAAAUAUAAUGUCUAUCAUAAGUAGAGAAUACCCCAUGUCUGCUUUUGGGGACUUCUCCUCAAAUGGCAUCUGCUACAAUCUGGCAGCUGCCAACUCCAGGAAAUCAGCUUCAUUUCUGAUCCUUCCUCUCAUAUGGAGAGAACAUGUCCACUUCUGGGUUGCUUAGAUGCUUGUGGGCUUUUUCUGUAGAAAAGAACCCCCUGCCCCUCAAACACAUUUCACAGCAUAGCCUAGAGGUUUCUUGGAAGGUUGAGCAGCAAGAGCAAUGUCAGUGAAAGGUGUGGUAGAGUAACGGAGCAUCUGAGGUGAUCUGACCUAAGAAUGGAGGGUAGAGUGGAAAACAGAGCAGGACAGGACAGAAGCAGGUUAAUAAUAUUCCUGUAUCCACACAGCUAGUUGGACUACUUCCAGAUUAAAAUAAUAUAUAUCUACUGAUCUGUUGACAGACAUUUGAAAAAAAUCAGGGCUGUCCUGAUUAAACAGGGAACAAUUUCUGCUAGUAUCCCAGCUUCUUUUGUAAAUAACAGCUCCUGAUAGUUAUUGUUUAAAAAAAUGAUCGGGGCCUGACUAGGAUCAGAAUCAUCAUGGUGAGAUGAAGAAGCAGCUUAGUUCCCCCCACCCCGACUCCCAAACUCUUUUUUUUUUUUUUUUUGUAUCUAAGUCACAGAUACUGUGUAUCUGGGAGGGCUGAAAAGAAAAAAAACCAUAAAAAGAAGGUGCAUAGAGGAGUUCCAAUUUUGCAAGGCUGCCCUAGGUUUCUAUCUCAGUAUCCCUCUCUUGGCAGGUGCCAAAAUGGAAAUUAAUCUUAAAUUAAUAUUUUACUGUAUCUUCUUUCAGGGUCAGAUGUCACAAGGAGCUCUGGUUAAGAUGAAGUAUCCAUUGGGUACUUUAGAAUGUUUAAAAUAUUAUCCCAAGCUGGGAACAUCCAGAUUAUGAGAUCUUCAACUGAUCUGUUUAAGUGUAUUGGGCAAACCAAGCCUACAUGACAUUUUAGCGCUAUUUAAAAUAAUAGUAUAACCUUGUAGCUUUCCCAGGACAGCUUCUUGGAAACUAGUGGUACACCUGUUUUAUUUCAUGCAUAAAACCAGGCUGCUGCUCCUUGUGAGCCUUUCCUUCAAUGCACACAAACAGCCAACUACUGAACUCAGAUCACACACUGGCUGUUAAAUUGAUCUGCAGAUCACAAUGUGUUGAAGUUGCCACUAAGCAUACGUUAUAUUAGCCUAAAGCAGUGUUGUCCA